CAACACUGUCAGGAAGUACGCACGUCCAUCUGUGUUUGAGACUUUUAGCAUUCUGUGAGACUUCUCAACAGGUGUAAACAUGACAGAACCCAGCAAACACGACAUCUCAGUCAUCUUCAAGCGUUUGCGCUCAAUCCCGACCAAUAAGAUAUGUUUUGACUGUUCGGCGAAGAACCCGAGUUGGGCAAGCAUCACAUAUGGAGUUUUUUUAUGUAUUGACUGUUCAGGGACACACAGAUCGCUGGGAGUUCACCUGUCCUUUAUCAGGUCUACUGAACUGGACUCAAACUGGUCAUGGUAUCAGUUGCGCUGUAUGCAGGUUGGCGGUAACGUGAACGCGAGUGCGUUUUUCAGUCAGCAUGGAUGCAUCUCCAACGCAGCGAACACUAAAUACAACAGCAGAGCGGCAGUGCUCUACAGAGAGAAGAUCAAGAACCUCGCGACACAAGCCACCAGACAGCACGGCAGAGAGUUAUGGUUGGACAGUCAGGCUCCGCUGUCACCCACAUCACCCCUGGAGAAACAGCUGGAUUUCUUCACUCAACACACACAGACUGCCCAGAAUGAAGAAUUUGCUUUUCAGCUGACCAUUAACCAAUCACUUGAAUCAGUUCAGGAUAAAAAUAAUAAUGCAGCUGACAGUCAAGAGGGUCCGAGUGUCGAUCAGCUCAGUGUGUCACCUAAAACUGUCACAGAUCCGUCCUCUCUUCUCAAGAAGAAACCGACCGCAGCCAAGAAAAGCAUGGGCAGCAGAAAAGCCGGUCUGGGCGCUCAGAAGGUGAGCAGUGCAAGUUUUUCCGCACAGCACAAGAGAGCUCAAGCUGACGAGAACAGCACACCGCAUGAGGACCUCACAGUCUCUUCUCUGAGUGUGGCAUAUGAGAGUCUGGAGCUGCAGAGGAAGAGAGAUGAGCAGAAACUGAGCUGUCUGCAGGGGAACAAGAAGGAGCAGGCAGAGCGACUGGGCAUGGGCGGACGGAGUGGACUGUCUCACUCUGUGCUGGAGGACAUGCAGAUUAUAAAACAGGAAAGUCCAUCUGUGGCUGUUUCCUCCUCCAGCAGCAGAACAUAUGAGGAUGAUGAAGAUGCACACUUCUCCUCCAGGUUUCUGGAUGAAGCACCUAGUUCAUCAGAUCAGUUUUUCUCUCAGUGGACGAGAGCAAAAAAACAAGAGUCGAUGAAAGCAGAGUCAGACUUCUACAUGGACACAAAGAUCUCCUCAGCAGAUGAGCGGACAACAGCGAGGAGGAAAGCUGACCCCAGGCCGCAGUCUGUGUCGGAUGACGCUCGCAGGAAGUUUGGUGACGCUAAAGCCAUCUCCUCAGACAUGUACUUCAACAAACAAGAAAGCUCUGAGUAUGAUGUUUGGAAUCGACUAGAGAGUUUUUCAGGAAGUUCUGCAAUCAGUUCAGCUGAUCUGUUUGAAGAACAGAAGAAAUCAGCACCGUCCGGCGGCUCGUACAGUUUGAGUAACGUGUUGCCCAAUGUACCAGACAUGAUGCAGUUUAAGAGCGGCGUGAGAUCUGUGGCGGGAAAACUGUCGGUCAUGGCCAGUGGAGUCGUGACGUCGAUACAGGAUCAUUACAGUACGUGAGCUGUUGAAGGAUUCACAGACACUACAGCUGAAGAAGUGAUGAAUGUAGUUAGAAUUGCAUUAUAAUCAUUGAAUGCACAUAUGCAGCUUUAUGAAGCAUUUACUGCCACGGCUGGUUUACAUAUGAACUCUGCUGUGUUCGAUUGAUUUAUUGAUUCGUUUAUUGCUUAUGAAUUAAUUGCUUUGGCAUGUGGGGCACUUUUGGUUAGUUGGCCGUUGAGGUCACUUUAUUUUCUGCUGCAUUUAUUACUUCUGUGUGGUUGUUUGAAUUUUGGUGGUAAUUAUUAAAGAUGGACUAGAAUGGAUCAAUGUCAUUAGUUUUGCUCUUACAUCACUUAAAAAUGCCAAAAAUGUCUUUAUUUGAAGUCAAAUGUUUGCUGUUUUUCAAAGUGCACUAUUUCAGCUACAGCUUAUUGCCUACACAAAUAUCAUAAGAUAAAACACUUUUGUACUUACUGUAAACAUGAAGGAUCUAGCAGUAAAUACAACACUUCUGCAGAAGCAUUGUCAUUUAUGGCCCCUUGUUUUUCUUCAUUUAUGAACUUCAGUUGGUGGCUGGUUUAUUUACUUGUUUAACUCAAUAAAGAACAGACUUGUUAAGCAACUAAACUUGUAUUAUUUUAAAAAU